CCUCCAUUUUCCAUUCAUCCCUAUAUAUAAUACCUAGCUAGAGGAGCAAGCUACCAAGAUGAAAAGCGCAACGACGGGAAAGAAGAAAAAGAAGCAGCAGGCGACGGCGACGACGAAGAACCUGAUGAAGAAGGCGAGCAAAGGGAGGCAGAAGAUCGAGAUCAAGAAGGUGGAGAACGACCCCCACCGCCACGUCACCUUCUCGAAGCGGAAGAACGGCCUCUUCAAGAAGGCGACGGAGCUGUCCACCCUCUGCGGGUCCCAGCUGGCCGUCAUCCUCUUCUCCCAGCACCACAAGGUCUUCUCCUGCGGCCGCCCCGACGUCGACUCCGUCCUCCGCCGCUACGAGCUCCACCACGCCCGCCGACGUGGCGGCCCACUACUCAACCCCACCCCUCCUCCUCAUCAUCUUCUUCACCAUGAUGCUAUUAACAACAUUGCUAAUCACAACAACGUGAUUAGUGGUAAUGAUCAUGGCUUGGGGAUUAGCGUGCAAGAGCAGGAGUACGUGAAGUCGGUGGAGAGGCUGGAGGAAGGGAAGAGGCUGGUCAGCGAGUUGACCAACUUUCUUAAUAAGAAGGAUGGUCGUGGAGUGGGUCCCGUGCCAGCGGCCUACGUGGCGGAAUCGGCGGCGGGUGGAGGGUUCUGGUGGGACACGUGGAGGGUGGAUGGGAUGGAGGAGAAGGAGGAGGUGCAGUGUUACAAGGAGGCUGUAACGGAGCUGAAGAGCAGAGUGAUGGCGAGGAUUGACGCAAUGGCGGCUCGCAAUUCGGCGGCUGAGUCGGGGAUUAUUACGGAUUUUAUUCUGAAUAAUAAUCACUUUAAUCAUGGUCAUCUUCAGCACGGUAAUAAUGAUGAAGGCGGCGUGGUGGAUGUGAAUCCUGCUAUCUCCAUCUCCAUAUCGUCUCCUUCUUCGUGAUUAAUUGUUUAUGCAUGGUUAUUAUCCAGUAUUAUUAAUCGACGGUCUUUUGUUUACUGUUUGUUUUAUUGGAGCACUCUGAGUAGGUUUUCACUGCCUGUGGCUAUGAUACUCAAUUAAUCAGUACUUGUUAAUUAGAUCUCAACUUGUCGCGGUUUAGGGUCUCCUUAAUUGAGACGACUUUCUUUUGUAAUAAGGAAUACCAUACCCAAUCCAAUCCGGUCAAUGUGGGUAAAAUUCGUGUUGAUGGCACCAAUCACUACAAGAAACAUAAGUAUUAACGACAGCUUCUUAAAGACGGUCAUCAGAAACGUCAUUAUCUAUCAGCUCCUCCAAGUGGCCGUCGUUAUCCACGCGUCAUUUUUCCAACGUGAAGCUUCCUCGUGGCUUGUACCAAACUUUUGAUUUUAAUACUAUUUUAUGCUACACUUUUUUAGUAUUAUAAAAAUAUACUUUUCAGAUUUUA